AUGGUUGAAGUAAGCUAUGUAGAUCACAAUAGUAAAUGUCACCAAAUGUUUUAACACGACUUUUAGAUAAUCUCCGCGAUAACAAACGCCUUGGGAUAUAGGCUGCAUAUUCUUGUGGAUACAAACGAAAGCUUAAACUACAGCCGGAUGCAUGAGAUUCUACAGGCCGGAAAGAUCGAUACGGUUGGGGUUCCCUUUCAAGAUACUGAGGACAGGCGGAAAACCGUUGAUCUGACUCAUAGCCUUUAUACGGUAAGACGUUUCUCUUGCUAUAUCAUAGAAUUGAUUUACCUCAAGUGUUUUUUUAGGUAGAUUCAUACAUCUUAAUUCGCGCCUCAGGCGGCAUCGAUGAGAAUUGGUGGAGCAUUUUCAGAAUAUACGAUACUUACAGUUGGUGCUUAAUUGGACUAUUGUUUUUUCUUCAAUGUGUCUUUGCAUAUGUGGUUGCAAAGGCUGAAGCGAAAGCGGGUUUACAGACGAAACACGGGCUUUGUUCGGUAAAGAUCACCUUUUACUCAAUCAUUCUUUCAGAUAGUCUGGCAAGUAGUUCGAAUCCAAUUCUUCCAGUCUGGGCAAGUCAAUUUUCGCUUUUCCUCCGGGAGGUUUUCUCUUUUUCUGUUUGCUUUGCUACAAGGUACCGUGAUAGUUGGAAUGUUCACAUCAUGGUUUCUCUCGUCAUUAAUUCGGACACCGAGUUAUUCGAACCUAAAGUUAAGCAGCUACGUGUUUGCGGAGAUCGCCAGCGGUAGAAGGAGGCUGGUCACAGAGGGAUCAGAGAAUUGGUUUCGGGAUCAAACAUCGUCUGUAGGCACGUCUUUCCAGAAACUGCAGGACGCUCUGAGAGGCCGAAAAUUAGUUGCUGGACUCUCACAUAAAGGUUCGCGUCCUUUCAAUAUUUUAUUUUUGGAUCACGAGUGCAUAAAAAUGUAGCCUACUUUUGUUGCAAAGAGAUGAUUUUACUAAUUAGCAAACGUACUUUUAGAAGCCUUGAAAAUGGUGAGAGACGAAGGCGCCCUUAUGUACACUCAGAAGGACUGGGUUGGAUAUGUGCAUGCCAUCAGACAUUGUGAGAUUGUGAAAACUCACGUGGCAUUUCCACCAGUGGGAACGCAUCUAUUGUUCCCAAAGAACAGCACGUUGCUGCCAAAGAUUAACCAAAUUAUUGCAAAGAAUUCGCUGAGAUUCCAAAACAUUUAUAAACGGUAUACAAGUCUCACGUCAACGGCGGCCUGCAACAAAUUCCGGCCUGGACAACCGUUGCGUAAGCUGAUGAUAAGCCGACUUAUGCAGAUUUUUUAGGAACUGCCUUCUUCAAUGGCCUUAUAAUUGUCUGUGGAGCCCUAUUUUUAAUCGCUGGUACAAUUUUAUUGCUUGAAAUCCUGUUAGCAAAGAAUAACCGUUAUUGUUUUAUAUAG